AUGGCAAAUCCAUUUGCAAAGGGAACUGUAGAAGGUCUGACAAACCUGAAGAUGUGUUUAUUUCAUUUGACCCACUUGUCUGACAUUGGGGAGGGAAUGGAUUACAUAGUCAAGUCUCUGUCAAAUGAACCCUGUGACCUUGAAGAAAUCCAAUUAAUCUCCUGCUGCUUGUCUGCAAAUGCUGUGAAAACCCUAGGGCUGAACAUCCUGGAACAGCUAACUGCACUGAUGCUGCCCUGGUGCUGUGGUCUGCAAGUCAGCCUGACCAGCCUGGAGCAACUGCAGGGAGCCCCACAGCUCACCAAGCUUGGGUUGAAACACUGGAGACUCACAGAUGCAGAGAUUAGAAUUUUAGGUGCAUAUUUUGGAAAGAACCUGCUGAAAAACUUCCAGCAGUUAGAUUUGGCAGGAAAUUGCAUGAGCAGUGAUGGAUGGCUUGCCUUCAUGGGUGUAUUGGAGAAUCUUAAGCAAUUAGUGUUUUUUGACUUCAGUACUGAAGAAUUUUUGCCUGGUGCAGCAUUAGUCAGAAAACUUAGGCAUGUGUUAUCCAAGUUAACUUUUUUCCAAGAAGCUAGGCUUGUUGGGUGGCAAUUUGAUGAUGACCUCAGUGUUAUUAAAGGUGCUUUUAAACUAGUAACUGCUUAA